GGUAGAGAUUUAAGAUAUCAUUUUAAGAACAAGAAAAUAUCGGACACGCCACCAAAUGGUAUAUAAAGAGUUGACUUGUGCAUCUGCCUUCAUACUCGGUGGAGUAGUUGGAAAACUCUGUUCUAAGAAGCAAGAACUUAGCUGGAGCCUUUCCUUGUACAAGCCUGUGAGAAGCCGACAUGGAUUUCAAAGCCUUUAUUCUGUGCUUUGCAUUCUUUGUUGUUACUGUAUCAGCGUGGGCAAUUUGCAAGUGUGCAAAAGAGGAAGACGAACCUAAGGAUGCGGUAUCAAAGUACAAACUUAAAGUGAAGAAUGGAUAUACGGAACUUGAUGAAAGUAUUGAAAUCGACACCGAGAAGGAAACUGAAAAGUUCCACAUUCCAGACAAUGGCAACACCAGUGAUUCAGCCCCUGGAGAGGUCGAUGUUGUUUACGAUUUUAAGUUGAACUUGGUCAUGCACAGAUUGUCCAAUCAGAAGGCUUGUUUCCUGAGCAACUUCACUGACAAUAUGCCGAAGCCUGCCGACCUCAAGAAACUUCUUGAUAUGGGCUCUUCACAGAAAAAGCCUGAAAAUAGAAAGUACGACUAUGUAGUUGAUGGCGCUGUUAAUGAUCGCUCGUUUCUGAGUGAUGAAAUGGCUGACCUGUGUUCCAAGCUGCCUAUCUAUCGCGUCAAGACUGUACUGGCGGAGGAACCUCCGAAACGACAAAAGCGCCGAACCUGUUGGUAUCGAGUAACAAAAAUCACAAUCUGCAAUGGUAACGGUUGCCUUAUAAUAAGGAUUUAUAGGUUGAUAGGAUGCUGGUGAACAAAACCUCCUGACUCACUUGUAUAACCGCAAGAUAUUUUGAAGGUGGCUAGUGACAGGUCUCAUAGUAAUUGUGUUCCUCAUUUAGUGUUACUUUCAAGUCUUUAACUUCAGAGAGCAUCAUUUGAUUGGAACUUCGGUGCCCUUAAUUUUGUUUCGCAGAAACGGUUUUAGAUUCCUUACGGAGUAAAUAUAGUUUAAAUCUUGAAAGCCAUUACAAAAUAAGAGCAAUCAGAGUAACUGAUGACCUGGAUUACUGUUGCAACUAACCAUGAGAACAUCAUGCAGAAACUGAGAAACGAGUUUUGUCAAAAUAAAAACUUGAAACAACUAACGAUGCUUUUAGUCCCAGACUGAUGCGAAAUGUUCUUUCCAGGUUCAUCGCAAAACUAAGAAUCGAUCUUUUUAAUCUAUACAGAGUAAUUAACUCGCUGCUUCAAAUCAUGUUUUCUGUUUAGUUGCGCGUGUAAGGUCCGUUAAGUAGCAAAAUUAUAAACGAAAAGAUUUUUCGAAGAAGUUUUUGAUUUUAAUGUGUGGAAUAAACAGUUGUAAAGGAAGUAGCUAUAAAUAAAGCCACUUGCUUGGGGAA